CAUCUUUCUUUUUCAUUUUUGACCUUCCAAUUCCAUUCUCAGCCUUAGGCCAGGCUCCUCGCUGCGUUUGCUAAUUGUCAAAUUCAUCGGGGACCCGAUGAUCAUAAAAGGAGUAUUCGGGAGAUACGAAAGAUGGAACCCGGUGCAUCCGACGUCGGGUGCCUUUUGGGGUAUGGGAGUAGGCAUUGGGUGUGGCGUCGGAUGGGGACCUGGAUUUGGCCCUGAGGUCAUUGGUUACGUCGGAGCUGGCUGUGGGAUUGGUUUCAGUGUGGGUUUUACCCUUGCCGGUGUUGGCAUUGGUCUUCCUGCAAAUUACAUCUUUCAACUUCCGUACAAUGCUUUUCAAACAACCAGAAUCGGGGCACGGGAUCUCGUCUCUUCCAAAAUUACACCUGCUGUUGCCUGGAAUAGAUUUGCACCUCAGCUCUCUGACCUUAAAAGAGAAGCCACUGCAAGACUGUCGAGCAUGGUGCCUUCCCACACUAGCUCUAUUUUGGAACGUGUAGAAAGAUUUAGCUCUCGCUUUUUCCAUCCUCGCAAAGGUUCAAAAGAUUAGGUGCUUUGUUUAUGUAUAUGCCAUGUGACACAUUUCAAAUUAUAUGAUGAAGAAAAUGGCAGUGCAUUUGGUGCGUGCAUGGGAGACCAUGAGCUGCUUGAUGGUAAUGCUAAUGUCAUAUGGAGGAAGAGCCCGUUCCCUCCCCCACCCCACUCCUUUUCUUCUCAGGCAGGAUCCAUGUUUUUGAGACUAACAGAUGA